AUGACCAAACUUCGUUUAAUCUUGGUUGUCAUUAUGGUUUUUGCAAUUACUAUCGCUGUUGCUAUACCAACUACAACUAUCCCUCUAGAUCCUGAUGGCGGUGAUGGCAGCGACAUACGAACUACAGUGAAUUGCAGAGGCAAAAAUAAAAAGGCGGGGGGUUUUUGUCCAAUCCUUAUUGGAGGCAACGGUGUCGGAAAUACUAAUGAUGCAGGUCCAGACUCACAAUCCGACCCCGCUACCCUAGAACGAAUCUAA